AUGCAGCUGCCACCACCCUCGUUGGUUCUUGCCGUGUGCAUCUGGCUGUGUGUUGACUGUGCGCAAGGAAGAAUGCGUGGAGUAGCUAUCAGUUGGCCAUGUGGAGGGCCCAAUUUGCAAGGUCAACAGCGAAAAUUGCAGAUUUUGGGUUGGCAAAGAGAGCUAGAGGGGAAAAUGGGUGUUUUUAGGCCUAAAUUGAAGAGUACAGUUCUAUAUAUGUCGCUUGAAAUAGUUGCCAAAGGAGAACACAGUCUAUCAAUAGACACCUGGGCACUUAGGUGUGUGGUGGAAGAGAUAGUUAUCGGAGCUAUAACUUGGCAUUUCUUCGAUGUGUCGAGGUUUCUAAUGAGAAUUGGUGGUGGCACGGAGGUGCCAAAGGUCCCAAAAAUUUAUUCGACAAAGCAAAAGAUUUUCUUGAAAAAUGUUUUGAUAAAAAAUCCGAGUACAAGAUGGAAGGUUGAGAUGCUACUAAAUCAACCAUUUCUUGAUGAUGAUAAAAAUUUCAACGACACUCUUACACUCAAAGAUAGACAAAAGAAUAAUCGUAUUCAUAGUCAUGCAGUAGUUAGCGACUAUAAUAGUCAUCCUAUGUGA